AUGACUGAAUCCAAGGAAGAUGACAAUGUUAUGAUGUCCCAGAUUGAGAACAGAGACGUAACUUCAAGCUUUGCACAGAAAAUGGACAAUAUCGUUUCGUCUGAAAAUAAACAAUCCCAGUCUGCUGCUAAUAAACAGAAAGAAGUUCAAGAGGAAUUCCAAGAAAAAGGCGUCCAAAACGAAAAAUAUGAUGAUGUCACUUUAGAAAAUAUUAUCAGCCUCACAAGGCAGUUCAAACAUAUGAAGCGUAUAUACACAUUUGAACACAGUCAGUUGGCGGAAAGUAGAAACACCCAAGGUAUUGAGAAGAAGAAAGAGACAAGUAGAAGCGUGAAUGUCUGCAAAGAAGGAAAACAAAAAUUUUGGGACGAAAUAAAAAAGCAAGUUGAAUGUGGUGAAAACAAAGAAGAUCAUUGGAAGAAGACAAUUCUUUGGCGUGCUUUUCAGUUUAGUCCAGUAGAUCCGAAAAUUGUCAAGUAUUUAGUUGACCAUGGAGCAGACGUCUAUUCUAACAACGAAGAUGGUGAAACAGUUUUCUCGAUAGCGACGAGAAAUGGUUUAUUUGAUCUUGUUAAGUAUUUUGUUCAAUAUGGCCCUGAACAUAAUUUUCAAAACGAUUCCAAAGUUCUUCAGGGUGCAAUACAGUCUCGAUCAUUAGAAAUGGGCGCUGAUGUAAAUGGCCAGGGUACUGACGGGUGGACAGUGCUGCACGCUGCUGUUACAAAAUCCACUCCAGAAGUUGUAAAAUAUCUUGUUGAAAAUGGCGCUGUUUUAAACGGGAAGGAUACUACAGACGGCUGGACAGUACUGCACUAUGCUGUUUCCUAUAGUUCAUUAGAUAUGAUGAAGCAUCUUGUUGAACAGGGGGCAGAUGUAAAUGGCGAAAAGACCGAUGGGUGGACAGUGCUGCAUGAUGCUGUUACAAACGGUACGUUAGAAAAGGUAAAAUAUCUUGUUCAAAUGGGCGCUAAUGUAAAUAGUAAGCGCAAUGGCGGGUGGACGGUGCUUUACGAUGCUAUUUCUAAAGGUACGCUAGAAAUUGUAAAAUAUCUAGUAGAAAUGGGCGCUGAUGUGAAUGCCAAGGAUGCCACUUACGAUUUGACAAUGCUUCACUCUGCUGUUACUAAAGGUAACUUAGAAAUUGUGAAAUAUCUUGUGGAAAAAGGCGCAGAUGUAAAUGUAAAACAGAAUAAUGGAUGGACAGUGUGUCACAGUGCUGUUGGAAAAGGUUCGCUAGAAAUGUUAGAAAAUGUGAAAUAUCUUGUGGAAAAAAACGCUGAUGUAAAUGUAAAACAGAAUAAUGGAUGGACAGUGUUGCACAGUGCGGUUAGAAAAGGUUCGCUAGAAAUGGUGAAAUAUCUUGUCGAGAAGAGCGCCGAUGUAAAUGCCGAGAGUAUUUUCCGGAAGACAGUGUUGCACAGUGCUGGCGCUGAUGUAAAUGCCAAGAAUGUUCACGGGAAGACAGUGCUGCACUCUGCUAUUUCUGAAGGUGCGCUAGAAAUGGUGAAAUACCUUGUGGGAAAUGGCGCUGAUGUAAAUGGAAGAAAGAAUGGCGAAUGGACAGUGUUGCACAGUGCUGUUGUAAAAGGUUCGCUAGAAAUGGUGGAAUAUAUUGUUAAGAAGGGCGCUAAUGUAAAUGCCAAGAAUACUCACGGGGAGACAGUGCUGCACUCUGCUGUUUUUGAAGGUAAGCUAGAAAUGGUGAAAUAUCUUGUGGGAAAUGGCGCUGAUGUAAAUGGAAAAAAGAAUAGCGGAUGGACAGUGUUGCACAAUGCUGUUGGAAAAGGUUCGCUAGAAAUGGUAGAAUAUCUUGUGGAGAACGGGGCUGAUGUAAAUGCCAAUAAUACUAACGGAGAGACAGUCUUGCAACAUGCUGUUAGUGUUGGUGAUUUAGUAACUAUCAAGUACUUAGUUGAACAGGGUGCUGAUAUAACUGUUAUGGGGAAGUUUACAAACAAACGACAUCCCAGCUAG